CCCGGGAUUAAGACAUAAUUCGCCAUGGUCCACCAACACCAUAUCGACGCCAUCCCCGGCGAGAUCCCCGUCCCCCAUGGGCCACCCGACAGCGACGACCCAGAUGAGUUCCCCGGCCUCAACAAUGCCGAGCGCCGCAUCUUCAGCCAUGUCACUCGCCCGUCCGACUCUUACGACGAGGACGGUGUCUACUGGGCCGAUCUGCCUCUGGCCAAGCGUGUGAAGUUCGUCUCCAAGGUCGACAACGACGCCGCCGUCGAGGAGGCCAAGUCUGCCUGGAGCAUGUUCAAGACGGACCCUCUCUCUCCCUUGGCCUGGUACUUCCGCCAUGCUGUCAUCCCCGGUGCCGGCCUUGGUCUCGAGGGUUAUGUCCUCUUCUCUAUUGGUAAUCUCGAGCCUCUGUUCAAGGCUGCCUGGCCUGAAUGCUGGGGUGACCACUCUGUAUGCAGCAAGAACUGGGUUUUCAGUGUUACCUACCUGGAAAUCAUCGGUAUCAUGGUUGGUCAGGCAUUUGUCGGUGUCAUUGGUGACUGGAUUGGUCGACGAUGGGGUCUCAUUCAGGAUGCUGCCAUCAUGUUCAUUGGUCUGCUCAUGCUCACUGCCUCUUGGGGUCUCACUCUCCAGGGCUGGAUUAUCUGCUAUGCUUGGUCUCUCUUCUUCUACGGCAUCGGUGUCGGUGGCGAGUACCCCAUUACUGCGACCUCGUCCCUUGAGGGCGCUUCCACCGGUGGCAAGGUCUCUACCCGCGAGGAUCGUCUGCACCGUGGUCGCCGUGUCACCACCGCCUUCUUGAUGCAGGGCUGGGGUCAGUUUGUCAACCAGGUCGUCCUCAUCGUCCUCCUCGUCAUCUUCAACAAGGGCAACGGCUCAGGCCCUUACAGCGUCUCCGCCGCUCAGUACACCUUCCGCUUGUCCUUUGCCUUCCCUGCCGUCGGCACUCUUUGGCUUCUCUACUACCGUACCUACCGCAUGCCCAACGCCUCUAAGCAGCUUGCCGAGGCCAAGAAGCGCUCAAACGUCACCGGCUACGACAUCAACUCCCUAGGCUACUGCUUCAAGCACUUCGGCGGACGUCUCACCGCCACCGCUGGUACUUGGUUCUGUAACGAUGUCUUCUUCUACGGCAACAAGCUCUUCCAGAGUCAGUUCAUCAAGGUCAUUUCCAGCAACCCCGACUCCCUCCUGACCACCUGGUCCUGGAACCUUGUCAACAUUGUUGUCUCCCUGUGCGGCUACUACCUCGCCUCUCUCUUCAUUGACAACAAGCUCUACGGCCGCAAGAUGAUGCAGCAGGUCGGCUUCUUCAUGUGCUUCCUCAUGUUCGUCAUCCCCGCCUUCAACUUCAAGUACUACACCAGCCCCGCCGGCAUCCACGCCUUCCAGGCCAUGUACUUCAUCUCGUCCUUCUUCAACCAGUUCGGCCCCAACUCCGUCACCUUCCUCGUCGCCGCUGAGGUCUUCCCCACCCCCGUCCGAGCCACCGCCCACGGUUUCGCCGCCUGCAUCGGCAAGUCGGGAGCCCUCCUCGCCUCCGUCCUCUACAACUACAUUGACACCCAGACCAAGUUCUACGUCGUUCCCUGGUUCGGCCUUGCUGGCAUGCUCCUCACCUGGCUGUUCCUCCCCGACACCACCGGCCUCGACCUCAAGGAGCAGGAGCGCCGCUGGAGUUACAUCCGUGCCAACAAGGCUGACGAGUACCACGGCGUUGCUGUCAACCCCGCGCACUUGAGUGUUUGGGAGAACCUCCGUGGCCUCGGCAAGACUUACAACCCCGAAAUGGACUGGAAGACCAAGAUUGAGGACAUGCGAAAGGAGUGGGAGUCUGUCCAGGCCACCAUGGGCCCCAAGGAGACCGAGGCCGCCAUGCCUGAUGACGGCGAGUUCUCUCCCGAGAUUCACGACUUCUUCAAGCGCUCCAGCCCCAAGACCCGCAAUCGCGACGAGUCCGUCAUGGUCAACGACUCCGUCAACGAGAAGUCAUCUUCCAACUAAAACCAACAAAAGCCCUCAUUUCCUUUUCCUACUUGAUUUUGUUGUGGCGCAUCAAUGACACAUGACGGAGCGGUAGCGAGACUUGUAUAAGCAUGGCAAUGGCGUUUGUUGCUUUCCAUUUCCCUCUUUGUUAUACCUCCUUUUUCUUUAUCGCUGUAUUUACUCUCGUUAUACAGUACCGCAUUGCUUAUUACACCCGCUCAGUUUGGGUAUACUGGAGUUGCGUCAUAACAGGUCUACUACCACUGGAGAGUUCACAAAUAGCAUCGAAGCUAAGCAUCGUGAAUGGAGCUGACUGCCUUUGCGCAGCCUGCUCAGUUAAAUUUAAUACAAGAC